AUGGCAUUAAUCGAACGGUCCACAUUACAAGAAAUUAAACAAGUCAUAUCCACCCACUUAAGUGAUCAUUAUUCAUUUCCAGCUUCAGAGCUAGUAAGAGAAAAUCCACCGAUAUGGUAUUGCGAAAAUAAACAAAUAGUUUAUAAUAUGGCAUGUCCCAAUGGUGCGGACUCAUUUCACGGAACUUUGGAGUAUACACAAUGGACACAAUUUGACUUACCAAAAAGUUUUGAUGUUGAAAGAAGAGAUAUAAUUGGAGGAGGAAGGAAAGGUGAAUUAGAGAUUGAAGUAUUAAAUGAUAUAUUUGAUUAUUCCCCACCUGAUGAUGACAAUACGGUGAUUUGGUAUAUUAAUUUUGCAGACUUUGGACCUCUUUUCGCACAAGAUGAAAUGCAGUGUCUUGAGCAUCCAGCUCUAUGCUCGCUUCGUGACAAGCUUUAUACAAUACAUGAUGGGUCACAAGCAAAAACUAGAAUGAUUACAUCUGAAAAAUCAAUUGCGACACCUGUAUUAAUUCGUGGUGUAGAACGUCGUGCCUUCGUCAAAACUGACUGUAAUGAAACUGAAGGUAGACCUUCUGGUCUUUAUGGAAAUCAUUUUGCAAGAGCUGAAGAAAAAGUUAUAAAAUUGGCAACCACAGUUUUUGAUAAAAGAUUGAAUAUUAAAGGUAAACCUUAUUAUUCCAAUAUUAUUGCCAUAGAGGCACCAAAAUAUGGAGAAGGGUGUUAUACAAAUAGCACUAUUAGAAUGAUUAUUGAAACGGCCUAUAGCGGGUUUCUGGCAGCUAGAUUUGAAAGUUUGGUAGAAACCGGAGUGCUGGAGAGAAGACAUAAAAAUGAAGAUCAUACGGUUAUUCCCGAAAAAGAAGAUGCAGUCGUACCUAGAAUUAUUAUUCAUACAGGAAAUUGGGGAUGUGGUGCUCAUGGUGGAAAUAUUUCACUUAUGGCAUGUUUGCAAUUCGUAGCUGCACAUUUGGCUGGUAUCGAUAAAAUAGUUUAUCAUACCAUAGAUGAUCGAUCUCUAAAUGAAGUUGAUCUUGGAUUAGAAACUUUUAGAGAGUUGGUAAUGGAUGUAGAUGGGGUGGUUAAAGUUGAUGAUUUUAUUUCUAAACUUGAAAGAAAAAAAUUUCAUUGGGGUUUUAGCAAUGGUACUUAG